GACAACCCUAACUAGAAAAACCAUAACCCUAGAGGUUGAAUUCAGUGACACCAUCGAUAAUGUGAAGGCUAAGAUUCAGGAUAAAGAAGGUAUCCCUCCGGACCAGCAGAGGUUGAUUUUCGCCGGAAAGCAGCUCGAGGAUGGCCGUACUCUUGCUGACUACAAUAUUUAGAAAGGAAAUACAAUCAGGACAAGAUGAUCUGCGACAAGUGUUAUGCUCGUCUGCACCCCCGUGCUGUGAACUGCAGGAAAAAGAAGUGUGGUCAAAGCAACCAGUUGAGGCCAAAGAAGAAGAUCAAGUAUAUGUUUUCGUGAGGCUGGAAAUUCUGAUUCUACUAUUAUUAGAUUUCUGGAUGUUUUGUUACAACGGUAUGGUUCUAAAUACAGAUCUUGACCAUCUUAAAAACUUUGCAAGCAGCUUAAAACUCGAGUGGUAUUUUUGUUUCUGUUUGACCUUGACAAUAGUUGUUCAUAUUUAA